AUGGCGAUAAGAACAAAUCAAUCCAACUCAAUCUUCCUGGAACCAUCCGAAGCUCAGGAUUUCAUUAAUGUUCUCGGAAAAGAAAAAUAUAGUUCUUUUCGAUCGGAUUGCCAGGGUUUAUCGGAGGAAAAUUACAGCGAUGAUGCUUGUUUUAAUUGCGUGGUGUCCUUCAGAGAGUCUCUGAAAAUCCUGGAAGAAAAAACUAGAGAUAAUUCUGAACGAAAAGAGUGUGGAGAAGCUCUUCUUCUCAGCCUGGUAAGCUCAGAUGUAAACUCCCCCAAUUGGGUUCCUGGAACUUUCUCCUGUUUAUGGAAUGAAAUUCGUUCUCCAUUGCGUUUACAAAAUCCUGGAAAAAGUUAUGGUAAAAACGGUUUUCUUCUGGGUUCCGAGAAGCUCCUUAUUAUAAUAAUUGUGGCUGCUGCUUUGGUCCUUGUAGCUCCGAUUCUUUACAAGCUAACAAGGAAACAACUAAGAAAUUCUCGUCAAGAAGACAUUGACAAUUUAUCAGUUCCAGCUCUCAAAAAGAAAUUAGAGGAUGAAUCAAGAAGUCCCUUCAUCUGUUCUGAUCUCUGUAUUUUCUCACCAGAAGAAAUGGAAAAGGCUACCAAUUUUUUUAAUCAUAAGAAUUUGAUUGGAGAGGUUUCUAUUGGCAAGGUUUAUAUGGGGGUUAUGGCUAAUGGAAUGAGAUUGGCAAUCAAGAGACUUAAUGAAGAAAAGUAUAAGCUUCAAAAUAUGACUGAUGAAAUUUAUAGAAAAGCAAAAAUGAGACAUCCAAAUUUGGUGAGCACUUUGGGAUAUUGUGACAGAGGAGAUUUAUAUGUAUGUCUUGUUUAG